GUUUGGUUUGAGGUUCGCUGUGUUGGCAGCAUUGUGCGAGCCCUGUCAUUCGUAGGUUCUUUUCUGCACACGUUUUCGAAGAGAAACAAGCAGCUUGUGAAACUAAGCUAGUUGGCGGCCUUUAAAAAUGAAGAUCGGACUGUGCGCAUUCAGCGGGUUCAAAAUUUACCCCGCCAGCGGCAAGACUCUUGUCAAAGCCGAUGGAAAGACGUUCACGUUCCUGAACAAAAAAUGUGAGCGUUCGUUCCUGAUGAAGCGCAACCCGCGCAAGGUGAAGUGGACGGUGCUGUACCGCCGCAAGCACAAGAAGGGUAUUGUGGAGGAAGCCUCCAAAAAGCGCACUCGCCGCACGCAGAAGUUCCAGCGUGCCAUCGUCGGUGCGUCGCUUUCGGACAUCAUGGCGAAGAGAAACAUGAAGCCCGAAGUUCGUAAAGCCCAGCGUGAACAGGCAAUCAAGGCUGCCAAGGAAGCUAAGAAGGCUAAGCAGACCGACAAGAAGCCGAAAACCGCUCAGCAAAAUCCUAAGCAGCAGAAAACAAAGGCUGCCAAGGUCUCGCAGAAGGCUGCACCACGCGUUGGAGGAAAACGAUAAGAAAUGGAAACAUGUUUUCAUUUCUGUCGAUGUGUUGAUUGCGUGUCCCUUGCGUGAAGCUUACACCAUCUAUGCUCAGUUACGUCGGACAGGUUGAAAAUGUAAUUUUGGGAGUAUGAAAUAAGAAAACAGCCACCCGUCGGUUGAUGGGGCAUGUGAAAAAAAAUGGUUUUUUUGGAAGAUAAGUUGGCUGGCGUAGAUGUAAACGAAAGAACUUUGAAGAGAUUGCAUGGUUGUUUGGAGUUAUAAUGUUCUCUAUUCAAUUCGAGGAAGCACUCCAAAAGGAUCCUCUGUGCCGCUACGAAUAAACCAAUCGUGUCGCCCAGGCGGUACGUUGGGAAUCGGAGUUCUUUCAUCGCACGAAGAAAAUGCAAAUUUAGAAAUGGAUGUAGUGAAGUUUGUAUUAUGUUAAAAAAUUAACGUUUGCACAGCUUCCACACAGAGUUUCACGGUACGUGACACGAAGACGAUUAUAUAUACACUUAGAUUAGACAAAAAGACAAUAUUGAGGAAUUUAAGACAAGAGGUAGAAAUAUGUUACCUAUCCUUCGAAAAUGAUAGGUAGGUGUAAACUGAGUGAGUACAUGGACACAAGGGUUUUCAGCACCUUUGAUGCUACAAACAACCCGGUUAAAGAAAAUUUGAUCGAUAAUAGAGAACAAAAGUACUAGAAGGA